AUGCCGAAUGAUUUUCACACUUAUUUACAAGAAGUAAACAUCAAAGCAUAUGAUAAUUCCAUGCCAAUCAGUGAAUCAAACAGAAAAUUAUGGAAUCGCGAAUACUUCACCUUGACAUUUCCCAAACCACCUCAGCCAUGUAGAAAAAAGAGAUCAAGAACCUCAGAAUUACACAUCACAGUUCCUACAUAUGACGAAAGAAAAUUGGAGGAAGUGCAUAAGCCAGCUCAUAUAUGGAUAAGGCAUUUUUUAAGAAAAAUUUCCCAAAGACCAUCUAAUUACUUCACUGUCAGGAGACAGGCUCCAUUUAGACAUCCCUGUACUCCUAAAACCCAUCUUGAUAAGGCAGAAUCGAAAGAGUCAGAAAAUGACAAAAAGGGAACAAAUUUUAAGAAAAAUUCCAAGAAAAAUACCGGCCCACAUGAAACAACUCCAGAAUCCAAGGACACGGGAAAUGAUAAAAAACCUAAAAGAGGAGACAAAGCAGAUAAAACUCCAUCAAAAUCAUCACAUGAAAGUGAAGUAUCUAAGAAAUCAAAGUACAAGUCAGAAACAAAUCCAAAAUCCAAAGAUUUUCAGGCAAUCUUCUUAAUGAAGCAUCCAUACAAAAGUAGGAGUGAUUUCAAAAAUUCCAAGGAGACAGACAUGGAAUCCAUAUGUACAAAAAAGGAUUCUAAGACCUCAAAGAACAAUUCUAAUACCAAAACUGAAGCUUGCUCAAAAAAUUGUUCAAAUAUGGAUUUAGUGAUAUAUUUAGAAGAGACUGGUCCUGAAUCCAUGGAAUUUGAUAUGUGGUUAAAUAAUUACUCACAGAAUAAUUCAAAGAAGCUUCCAAAGAAGGAAGGAAAUAAAGGCUCUGAUGCUGAGUCUUUAGAUUCAAAAGAUGCAAAGAAGGAUAAAAAAGGUUCAAAGAAGGAAGCAAAGAAAAGCUCUGAUGCUGAGUCUUUAGAUUCAAAAGAUGCAAAGAAGGAUAAAAAAGGUUCAAAGAAGGAAGCAAAGAAAAGCUCUGAUGCUGAGUCUUUAGAUUCAAAAGAUGCAAAGAAGGAUAAAAAAGGUUCAAAGAAGGAAGCAAAGAAAAGCUCUGAUGCUGAGUCUUUAGAUUCAAAAGAUGCAAAGAACGAUAAAAAAGGUUCAAAGAAGGAAGCAAAGAAAAGCUCUGAUGCUGAGUCUUUAGAUUCAAAAGAUGCAAAGAACGAUAAAAAAGGUUCAAAGAAAGACAAGAAGAAGAAGGAUGCAAAGGACGCAGUGUCUACUGAUGUAGAAUCUGAGUCUGAAUCAGAGCCAAAAAAGGGUAAGAAAGUUUCAAAGAAAGGUAAGAAAGAUGACAAUAAAAAGGAUUCCAAGACGGACGUAUUGUCAACUGAUGAUGAUCUUGAAUCUGGGGUGAUUUCAAAAAAUAGUGAAAAAGAGAAAAAGAAAAAGAAGAAAGGUGACAAAAAUAUGUCUGAAGAGUCUAGUGAAACUGAAUCUGAUUGGGAGUAUAAAAAGGAUAAGAAAGGUUUAAAGAACGCCAAGAAAAAUUCAAUGAAAGAGAACACAAAGAAAAAAAUAGAGUCUACUGGUGAUGAAUCUGAUGAGUCUUCCAAAAAAGACAUAAAGAAGACCAAAAUGAGAAAAAGUUCAGAUGCUGAAUCGGAAAAAAUGAAUAAAGCUGGGGCUAAAAAGAAAGAUGAUGAAUCAGAUGUAACAUCUACAGAUUCUAAGAAGGAAGCACUGGAACUGAAAAAAAAUGUUAAAUUGGCAUUCAGAAGGACCACAUUCAAAGAAAAAGAAAAAAUACCAGUUACAGGUAGAAUUCCUCCAUCAAGAGAAAGUCCACUACCAUCUCCUUGUGAGCCUCUGCAACUAUCACCUAAGAUCAAACAUCGCUGUGUGUGCAAGAUUGUUCUUCCACAACCAAAACCAAGAUAUGCUCCUUUGCCUGAAGCAAAGUGGAUUCACAAGCUGCUUUAA